UUUGCAGAGCGCCGCCAAGUACAGCAGUCAGUAGACCAGAGGAUCAACUUAUCAUGCUUCGUCGAGUGUCUUCGCUGGUUGGUCGAGCAGCGGUGCGCCCGCGUCGCGUCCACACCGAGGCGAAGCUGAAGGAGCUAGGAAUCGAGCUACCCACGCCGAAAGCACCGCUGGGCAACUUCGUGAUGACCGUGCGUACCGGGAACCUUCUCUAUACCUCGGGCCACCUUCCGACAAGCCUUGAGGGGGAGACAACUACGGGCAAGGUUGGGCAAGAGUUGAACGAGGAGGAAGCGCAAGAGGCAGCACGCAAGGUCGCUAUCCAGCUCAUCGCAUCCAUCAAGAAGGACUUGGGCGAUUUGGACCGAGUGACGCGCAUAGUGAAGCUGGUCGGGUUCGUGAACUGUACGGACGGGUUUGCUGGGCAGCCCAAGGUGGUAAACGGCGCCAGUGAUCUCUUUGCAGAGGUGUUUGGAGAGAGGGGGGUGCACUCCAGGUCUGCCGUGGGCACGAACGCCCUUCCAAUGAACGUCCCCGUGGAGAUCGAAGCUAUCGUCGAGUUUGACGACGGCGGCAAGAAGGGCGACGACGACUGGACGGUGCUCAAGCGUCCGUAGUGUUUUUUGUCGGUGACAUCCGUACCCAGAUUGCUACCUCUCUCGCUCCGCUGGUUUCGAGUAUCACUUCCAGUCGGGCAGCACCCCCGAGUAGAUGUUGGGAGGAAAGCAAAACGUGGUCGUACGCAUGCUACCCUGGUAUGGUAUAGAUAUUCUUAGUGAUGGGCGGCACAGACAUGUGCGGUAGGCUUGGUUUUCAUCGGUGUUGGUUUUGUUUUGCUGCAGACGUGCUAAAGAGAAAAGUGAUUCGUUGAUUGUCAUUGCAACGACGCAAGUCCUGCGCACUGACCCCUCCCCACCCGAUUGCCUUAGAGCUGUGCAUUUGCUGUGGUACACACGCUCAUCCUCUCUGCAAAAUUCCUUCGGCUUGAACGCCCAUCUCUCCACUACUGGCUUCUUUUCGGUACCCUCCCUACGGACUGUCUGCGGGCAAAAUAAAACGCAACUACUGCUGGAUCAGACGGACGGUCUCUUCGGUUUGGCGGUGGGGGCGCUUGCCAGGAGACAGCAACCAUCGUGGGCACCACGCCGCGUAUUUUUUGUCCUGCUGAAGGCACGUCAGUCGCU